AUGCUGACCGAGGCCGUCCGGCUCGGCGGGGCGAGGGCGACGGUUACGCUGGACGUGCGAUUCGCCGGGACCUUCUACCUCUGCCAGGCGCUGCGCGUGCAGGGCGCCCACGGCGGCGACCCGUGCGACCCGGACAGCGUGAAGGAGUUCAUGCGGUUCUGGAGCGAGAGCUGGCACCGCCUGGAGGGCGGCGGGGCCGAGGACGUGGUGGGCUACUCGAACCUGUUCCGGCAGGCGGUUGCGCAGCUGCCCGGAGCCCUGGACGCCGACGUGUUCGCGUGCAUGCUCCAGGCGGUCUGGUGCUGGAUGCUGCGCCGCAGGGCGGAGGAGCCCGUCACGGCGCCCAUGCUGGUGGGCCUCGGCAUGGCGCUGAUGCAGGACGUGCCGCGCGGGUGGCGAGACGAGCUGGCGGCGGACCUGGCGCUCUGGGCGCGCGAGGGGCAGCGCGCGCCCGAGGGCGGCAGGCGCGACGUGAUCUGGACGUGCCACCACACAUGGUCAUCCAGCUGUUCUGGCAGCUCGGGCUGGCGGUCCCCUGGGUCGACACACCAGGCCUGGCGCACUGGGACGGCACAGGCCACUCCCCGCCCGGCGAGGGCCUGGUGUCGCUGGUCGUGCUGCGCAGCCCGUUCUGGCGCCUGCCGGCCGGCGCGGUGCUCCGCGGGCUCCUGCUGA